AUGGAUUUUAAGACAUGGAUUGAACAAAAGGCAACUAAAACAUUUAUUAUUAUCAUUGUAAUACAAAUGACCUAUUUGGCUAGUAUAUUCAUAGCAGAUGUUAUUCUGAAUCUAAAUUACUCAGGCAAUGACAACAAUAAUCCUUAAGAUGAGUGUGAUUGGAGUUUGGAUGAUUAUUAUAAAUGGGCAGUGCUAUUUUUAUUUCAAAUUGGGGAUUGCUACUAUGUAUUUAAUGCUAUUUACAAAUCAAAUGUUUUGGAAUUAUUUGCAUACAUCAUUAUUUCGUUUAUAACAUUUUUGUGCACUUUUGCAAGGUUUUUUAAACCUACUUCAUAUUUCAAGAGCUCUAACACAGAUGAAGGAGAUAAAGUAUUAGCAGCUUUUGAUUAUGUUUACUUAUUUUAUUCAUUUUGUGUCUUCGUUUUAAGCGCAGUCUGUUAUAAACCAUUUUAUGAUGUGUUUGUUUACAGAAAUAUUAUGAAGGUGGGGGCAUCUCCUAAAAUAUAAGAUAUGUUUAGAAAUUAUUCAAAUUUCAGUAUAUUUAUGCAAUUAUAUCUUUUGAUAUCAUUUAGCACAUUUUUAACAUUCUUCUUCUUUUUUGAUAGAUUAUAUUGGUACCUAUAUUUAAUUGAUUCUUUUGUAAUUCUAUUUUAAAUAGCAAGCAUUUUUAUUGGAUAUUGGGCUUUAAAGGAAGAAAAUAUAAAGAAAUUCUGGAUGUAUAUUUCCAUGAUAUUGUUGGUCUAACUUUAUAUACUUACAAAAACUUCUUAUUAUAUGAUAUACUAUUAUAACUAAAAAAACUCCAAAUUGAUUGAUGAUUGUACCUUGUAAGAUACUCCCUAUGGAGAUUCAUACACUGUAGUAAUAGUUAUUGGAACUACAAUUGCAUGUUUAGUAAUUAUGAUUUUCGAUGGCUAUUAUGCAUAUUAAUGUAAACUGGGAUUUGGAAAUGGGUUGAAAGAAGCAUUAAAGAGUUAAAUAUCAGAAACAGGAUAGGAGCUUGGAGAAAGUAGUUUUAGUACUUAAAAAUGA